AUUAAGACUGCCAGGAAGUUCACAAGAGUUUCACAAAGGAUCUCCAGUGAGUUAGAGAGAGCGAGGCAUACUGUACUAGUUCAUCCUGCGCAGCUACCAAAAGCGGCUAUAAUCUGGCAUAGGAAACCUUCUGGACCACAGAGAGAACCAGUGGAUUAGACUUGGAAAAUGUUGCGGUUAUUCUUGCUGGGUUUGAUCCUCACAGCCUCAACUGUUAGUCAGAAGUCAGAAGAACCUGAAGGUUCAGCAGAUGGAGAUGAUGAAGAAGACGAGGAUCCAGCCGGAUUAAGUUCUGGAACAGAGGAAUUGAAGAAUGAAGAGCGAUCCUUAGGAAAUAAGUUCACAGGAGAUGAUGAUGGAUCCACCACAAUAAUCAUCAUUGCAGCAGUGAGUGUGGUUGCCGUGGCUGUCAUAGCUAUCAUAGCGAUUGUUUUGUUCAGACGUCAUCUGCAAAACCGGGAACAAGGGGUGUACACUGUACCAACAGAGCAGACACAAAAAGGAGCCGUCUAAGACCAAAGUUCAUGACUUCUUCUGGACCUUUAUCAGGGACACCUCCACACAAACAGGGCUCCAUAAAAACACAUUCCCACCUCCAGCCCACAUGCCAACUAACCCCCGCAAAUCCCUUCAUUUCUUUCAGCCUGUCAUUAGCAGUGGAGGAGGCCUCUUUUCUAGCUGUCAUGAGCUUUUAUGCAUGCUUUCAGAUGGAUUGGUUUUAAAUGAAUGUACUCUUUUGUUCAAAUGCAGUGUAUACUGUAUGCUGUCUCCCAGAUCAGGGACAAAAAAGUAAAAGGAGUUUUUCACCACUGUUA